AUGGCUUCAUUCGCAUCCAACUCCGGCUCCAGCGCCGCAGAUCAAAUGGGGCGAUAUAUUCUUGAUGCAAAUGGGGAGCGGAUCAAGUUGGUUUCUGUCAACUGGUAUGGAGGGAGCGAUGUUUUCUUCGUUCCUAUGGGGUUGGAGACGCGGCAUCGCAAGGAAAUUGCGCAAACGAUCAGAGACAUGGGGUUCAACAGCGUGCGCUUGCCGUACUCCGAUCAGAUGGUUAUUCAGAAUCCCGUCAUCGACCCUGUCCACCUCGGCGCCAAUCUAGACUUGCUAGAUGGCCACAAUGAGGACAAUGAGACGGGAGAAUUGUCGGGACCACGAGCACUAGACGUCUUCCAAGCUUGCGUCGAGGCUUUGACGGAUGCUGGGAUUGCUGUCAUCAUCAACGAUCACAUCACCAACGCCCACUGGUGCGACGGGAUGAAUCUAUGCGAUGCGAGUUGGAAGAACGAUCACCUCGGCCCUCUGUGCUCCAUCAGACAAACCACACAAAGCUGGAUCGAGAACUGGAAGACCGUCAUGGCGCCGCACGUCGAUAACCCGCUCGUCAUCGGUGCCGAUCUGCGAAACGAACCUCGAGGACUAUGGGGGACCAUGACGUGGGAUGCACUGGCAUCGGCUUCGGAGCAAGCCAGCGAGGCCCUCUUAGCAAUGCAGCCAAACUGGCUGAUGUUCUUCGAAGGCGUGUCGUCCGCGAACGACGUUUCCGGAGCGCGGGCACGCCCAAUCAAGCUGUCCAUCCCUAAUCGCGUGGUAUACAGCAGUCACGUCUACGCGUGGUCCGGCUGGGGCUCAGGCGUGCCCUUUGGUCGCCGAGCGUACGCCUCGUUUGCUGCGGAAAUGCAUCGCAACUGGGGAUACCUGUUGGCUGAAGACAUCGCGCCCGUGUGGGUGGGCGAGUUCGGCAACGGCAGGAACAUGGGCCCCGAGGACUUGCACUACUGGAAGAACCUGAUGCGGUACCUUGCGGAUUCCGACGCGGACUGGGGAUACUGGGCAUUGAACCCGUGGAAGCCGGGCCAAAUUGACGAGACGUAUGGGUUGUUGAAGAAGGAUUGGAAGACGCCGCGGGAUGAUGUACGAUUGGAGGAUCUUAGAAAUCUGAUGGGUUCAGCGAUACAAUGAUAUGAAGCGUUUGGCUAUGAC